AUGGUAGCCCCAUCCACCCAAUCUCAAGCUGAAAAGCUCACCACGCAAGAGAAGUUACUACUCUCUCAGGCGAUAUACAAGCUGGGAGCUAUCUCUUGGCCUGCAAUAUCGAAAUUGUUAACUUCCCAUCCAUGUUGUGUUAAUCGACCUUCGGAGCUGUUCAGUCCUGAAGCAUGUGAGGGAAUAUACAUGGAGCUGAUGGCUGGAUUGGAGAUCAACGUACCUGCACCAGAUGCGAUGAAACCACAAGCCAAAACUCACCUUCGUCUCGCCCAGACAUAUUACCUAAAACGAAUGGAAGAGCUCCAAAACACCAUAACGCAAUAUGAAACUCGCUUCAAAGAGCUAAUGGGUGAGAUAACUUCAUUGAAAAGUGGAGAAGCGGAUGAAUCGAUAAGGAGGGAAAUUAGGAAUACCAUUGCUAGGAAGUAUGGUAAGAAGCUGUUGGAUACCUGGUUUCCUGAGGUGGAAGUUGUUAGACAAGCUAUAGAGGAUGGUCCGACAACAGCACAAGAAGAAGAGAAUCAAACAGAGAUGGACAAAGAUUCUAUAAAUGAGAAGGAGAAAGAGAAAGGUGAUAAGCUGGAUGAGGCUCAAGAUGUGGAGAUGGUUGAUGAACAAGAUGAAAAAGAAGAACCCGGAACUGUGGAUGGAGAUAAGCCAGAAGCUUCAGUUGAUACUCCUAAGGCAUCUCAACCUGAUGCUGAAGAUCAACCUCAACCUGAUGAAGAUACCGAACAGAAAGAAGAAGAAGAGCACAAGGACGCAGGCCAAGAAGAUACAGAACCACCCACGGUCGAGGAUGAAAAUAACACGGAAGACAUCGAACCGAAACCUGAGAAGAACAUACGUACAAUGAAGACACCCCGUCCACGUCGAUUUUCACCGGCCGUAUCGAUCCGAUCAGAUCUCUCACCAGCUCCUGGAUCAGAUCUCUCUCCACCACCUUCGGAUCAUCCUACUCCCGCCCAACAUGGUACACGAUCCAACAAGCGGAAAGCGAGUGUUCAACCUAAAGGUGCACCAGCAUCAAAAAGAUUAGGUAGGAGAAGUACUGUCAAUCCCCAGCCUUCAGAAAGUGUCGAACCGGAACCUGAACCAGAGGUUGAAACACUACCAGAGGUCGAAAUUGAAAAGGAGGAAGAGCCAAGUGAAGAAGAAGAACAAGAAGUACAUAAUACGAGAGGUAGAAGGAAUACAAGGAGGGAAUCCACUAGAAAUAGUAGUAUGAAGAAAUCACCCAUUUCCACCAAGGCUACUACUAAAGAUAAUGAGCGUUCACCUACUACCUCUCGAAGAGCACCUUCUGUCACUUCCACUAAUCGGUCUACACCUGCGCCCGCUGUAGAAGAAAGAGAACGACGAUCUUCAAGGAGAAGUUUGGCAGCGUCGGGUACGGCCAAAAGUAGGGGAAUGAGGGAUGACGUGGUCUCGAAAUCCGUCAGAGAACAGAGUGCGGCGGUGGAAAGUGUCAAAGCUGAAACUGAAGCUGAGGAGGACGGCGAGGAUGAAGAGGACAAUAAACCUACGAGAACUUCAGCAAGACGUGGUAGAGCUGCUCAGGAGAAGGAAAAGGAGAAGGAAGCGUCUACUCCUGCUGAGAAGAGAGGUACGAGAGCUUCAGCGAGGAAUGCUCGAGACCAAUCCGAAACCGAGAACACACCUCGCUAUACCCCAUCCGUUGCAGACAUCUCAGGCGAGCUUGAGACUCCCCCCAACUCGACAAGGCUUAAACCCACCAGAGAACAACGGUCAUCUCAGAAAUUAUUGUAUUCACUGUUAGAUGCUAUAGCUCAACAUCGGAAUGGGAAUGUAUUCCAGAACCCGGUCAAGAAAUCUGACGCAUCGGAUUACUAUCAAGUUAUAAAGAGACCUAUGGAUCUCAAGACGAUCAGGGCGAGGAUCAAGGAUGGAUUGAUAACGGGGAUAGACGAGUUUGAAAGGGAUGUGUUAUUGAUUUUCGCCAACGCGAUGAUGUACAAUAAUCCUGAUACGCCGACUUAUGAGAUGGCCAAAGAGAUGCUGAAAGCUGCGGAAGAUCAGAUUGCUCAUUUCAAGAAUUUGCAACAUCACGUUAGUCGAUGA